AUGCUGAGAGAGUACGCGAUGGGGGCUGGAGCACUUGUUUAUCUGUACAGGCAGCUUGGUAUUGCCUCGCGGGCGGAGGCUAAGGAAGUGGUGGGUUGUGUGACUUUACUAUAG